AUCGACUACUACGCCCUCCUCGGCGUCAAGCCGGGGGCGAGCGCGGACGAGCUGAAGAAGGCGUAUCGCAGAGAAGCGAUGCGAUGGCAUCCGGACCGGCAUCCGGAGGGCGAGGCGAAGCGCGCGGCGGAGAAAAAGUUUAAGCAGGUGAGCGAGGCGUAC